UCAGUAGCCAUGGAGACGCGUGGGCCCGCGGCGAACGUUGCAGAGUCAGAGUUAUGGAUACCGAGAGCCUGAUGCUGUCGCUGGAGCUGGCUGCCGGCAGCGGGCAAGGCCUCAGUCCCGACCGGCGGGCUGCGCUGCUCACCUCGCUGCUGCUCGUGAAGCGCGACUACCGCUACAACCGCGUUCUCUUCUGGGGCCGCAUCCUCGGGAUCGUGGCCGACUACUACAUCGCGCAGGGCCUGGCCGAGGACCAGCUGGCCCCGCGCAAGACACUCUACAGCCUGAACUGCAUGGAGUGGAGCCUCCUGCCCCCUGCCACUGAGGAGAUGGCCGCGCAGGUAGCCACGGUGAAGGGCCGCUUCAUGGGGGACCCCUCGCACGAGUAUGAGCAAACCGAGUUCCAGAAGAUGUCGUCCGAGGGCGAGAAGCCCUUCGAGGAGGAUGUGGUGGUCCAGGUCAAGGAAGAGACUCGCCUGGUAUCUGUCAUCGACCAGAUUGACAAGGCUGUGGCCAUCAUCCCCCGGGGUGCAUUCUUCAAGACCCCCUACGGGCCUGUCCAUGUCAACCGGACAUUUGAGGGACUGCCCUUGUCGGAGGCCAAGAAGCUCAGUUCCUACUUCCACUUCCGGGAGCCUGUGAGCCUGAAGAACAAGACACUGCUGGAGAAGGCGGACUUGGACCCCUCCCUGGAUUUCCUGGACUCCUUGGAGUAUGACAUUCCUAAAGGUGUGGCUAAGUGGCCCUGUCACAGGGAUGCAUACUCUGCUCGCAGAGAGGUGCGAGCUCUCAGCAGCUCAUCACUGGCAGCCUCAGUUAGAGGGAGGAGGGUAUUGGCUAAGAUCACUGUGUCCUCAUGGCUGUCACACUGCAUCCUGGGUCUGCACUGCUCUAGGGGACUGGAUGACUUUGGAGCCACCCCUGGUUCCAAGGGUCCUGGAGCAUCCAGCUGGAGCGGGGCAACUCGCUGGUGGUGCUGCGCAGCCUGCUGUGGCCGGGCCUGACCUUUUUCCACACCCCGCGCACCAGGAACCACGGCUACAUCUACGUGGGCACCGGCGAGAAGAACAUGGAUUUGCCUUUCAUGCUGUAGGACGGGCCGCUCGGGUGUCCUCCGCAUAGCCUAAACAGUAUUUUCCUAAGUUUCUGUGAA